CUUGCUAGAUACGCACACGUCAAAGCGACAAGCCUCUCCCUUCCCAUCUCGUCGGGCCUGACAUUCGCGACCAUCCUGCUGCCUCUCGUCGCCGGCGCCAAUGCCCUCUACUUUUUCGCCUCGACGACCCGCUCCCAGCUGCGCCUGCCGAAACCUGCCGCCGGCACCAAAUCCAAGCUUGUCCCCGCCGCGCUGCAGACGGCACAACUCGUGUUCAGCACCGUCCUCGCCACGCGCCUCGCGUCGGACAUGAUCCCUUCCCCAGUCCGCCAGUGCCUGCUCGAGAGCGAGUGGAAGGGCUUCUGGACAGCACACGACGCGUCGCGCAUCCGCGCCGUCCAGGACGCUUUCGAUUGCUGCGGCUUCCGCACCCUCAAGGACAUGGCCUGGCCCUUCCCCCAGGGCAGCCACCCCGGCGACGCGGCCGGCUGCGCGGAGCGUUUCGGGCGCAAGGCCGCCUGCGCCGCGCCGUGGGAGGGCGCGCUGCAGCAGGCCGCCGGGGCCGACUUUGCCGUCGUGCUGGCGGUCGCGCUAGUGCAGCUAGCGAGUGUGCUAUUG